GACUCUUCGUUUGCCCAACUGAUUUUGAGCGCACAUAACCAAUAUAGAGCCCAACAUGGGGUGGCUGCUUUGACCUGGAACCAGGAAGCAUACCAGUACGCACAAAACAACGCCAACAACUACGACUGUUCCGGUGUUUUAACUCACACCCACGGAAAAUUCGGGGAAAACCUCGCUGCUGGUUACAGCAAUGGUCCCGACGCUGUCAAGGCAUGGUACGACGAAGGUACCUCCUACAACUACCAAGCUGCCAACAGUUACGAUCACUUCACCCAGGUGGUUUGGAAGGGUACUUCCUCCGUUGGAUGUGCUUACAAGGACUGUCGUGCCGAAAACUGGGGAUUAUAUGUUGUAUGUGAAUACGACCCACCUGGUAACGUCGUUGGCCAAAACAAGGCCAAUGUCUUUCCA